AUGGCGAAGAGUUUGGAGUCUCCCAGAGACCUUGAUAUCGAUGAUGUACGCCUGGCGUCGGCGGCAUACACAACAUUCCAAGAAAUCGCUCAAGUUCUGCGGACUAGCGAGAAGGAUGUCCAACUUAAGAUCUUUUACGCCAGCCUUACGGCCUACUGUGUCAUCAUACGAAACCACACAAGCCGCAUCGGCCAGGCAUCUGUUGGGUCCGACGAUGAACUCACCAAGCGGACUCUCUGUCUCCUGGACUCGACCAUCGUGCUGGACCCUUCGACCGCCGAGGCUUCGACGGGUGAAAGGAUACGGACACUCAUUCGACGUUGGGGAGAUGUUCGUAAGCUGCAAGACACCACCGCGAAGCUUCAUCUCAUACAGCCCUGCCUAAGUUUCGGAAAGACUGCCGAAGAAUGCAACAACUUCCUCCUGUCACUUGCCACAUGCGAAGAGGAACUAGCAACGCGGUACCCUGAGAAUUCAUCGGCGUGGAUGGCAGAAGACUUCGCCCCCCAAAAGAAGAUCAAAGAACCAUCCUACGCGGUAUGGAAAGCCGCGCAGUCUAUGUUCAACGCUUUGGUAUCUUGCAACAACUGCCCAUGUGAACCUGCUCACGAGUUUGGGGCCCGGCUUCGUUUGGGAACCUAUCGACAACCGGCUGGUACUGCCUGCGACAUGGCUAUAGACGCCGGCCAAGACUUCAACAUGUUUCUGUCCAUGAAGAAAGACUGGCACGAGGCCCGGGUCCACAUGCCUAAGGAAUCAGUCGUUCGAUUCGGUGACGGGCCAGUUCAGCUCCAGAGGAAGAUCAUCAGACCAAAGGUUCAGCCAUCCAAGGUCAAAAGUCUUUGCGAACCCAUUACCAAGAUCAUGACUAUGAGAGCUUACCGGCUCGAACUGAAGGUCAUGCGGGAAAAGCUGUUCAUACUGAAACCAGAGAAGAGUGAGUCUUUGGUUGACAGGGCGACGGAUCCCGUCCCGUUGGAAUACUUUCUUAAGAGCGGGUCGCGGUCCUUGACCGAAAGAACGAGGCGAAUCCUCGCCGUGAUUUUGAGUUCGGCGGUCCUUCACUUACACGAUACACCGUGGCUCAAAUCCACGUGGAGUUCCUCGGAUGUUCUGUUCUUCCGCACAUCGUCUUCGGCUAUCCCCCUUCGGCCUUUCCUCCAGACGAAACUCUCAAGUCUCGAAGCGUGUCCUCAUUAUGCCGCUAAAUUAGAUGGAUCCAAUGACAACGACACUAAUAGGUCAGACAGCUUCGACCCAGAUGAUAUCGAUCCGGACGACACUGAUUUCGACGAUCUGAUUUACCAGGCACAACACCACUGUCCGACUCUCGUCACGUUGGCAAUCAUUUUGAUGGAGGUGUAUUUCGUCACCCCAUUCGAUCUUCUCGCCAGAAACUUUGGCGUGAUUUUGGAUGAAGAUGAAACCCAGCCGGACCUUAUCCGACAUAUCAACGCAAACCUGGUAUUCCAAGCUUGUAAAGACGACCUCCCGGAGGAUACCCACUUUCACCAGGCCGUUGAGAAAUGUCUGGACCCAGAAAUCUGGGAGGAUGACAACGGCGAUAGAUUGGACAGCGAGACGUUGAGAGUACGAAUUUACGAGGAGAUAGUCCGGCCUCUCGAGGUCGAACUAAGCCAAGCAUACAGUUCAAUACCAAUCGACGAUCUCGACAGGUUCGCGCAGAGUCUGGACUUUGCGAGCUGGGACCAGCCGGUACAGGACUUCAACCAGCAGUCCGCAUAUGACACGGUGGCAGACGACCAGCUCGGCCGACCGAGUAACACCCCAUCUCCUGGGGCGGUGCCUUUGCUUUAUCCGCCACGCCCACGCGCUCUAGACCCUCGAACUCAUCACUACAGUCCAAGCCCGCCCAUCUUGAUUUAUCAAAACAGAGGCUCUGACACUGUCCUUCCCGUUUUAUCAAAUCCUUCGCCGAUGAGCGGCGAUUACAAGUCUUUCAAAUUCUUUGACGACGAGGCCAUCCCUGAGGCCGUCAGCAGCGAAGCAUUCUAUAGUUACGAGAAGUGGAAAUCGGACUACAUGGCUGUCUACGACAAGUUCAUUCCAGACGAGCUGGACAUCACGCCAGUCAGAGUCGCCGUUCUCGACACAGGCAUCGAUAUGACACAUCCGGACGUGGAAGCUCGCGUCGAAAGAGUCAAGGGGACAUUCAACUCGUUGACCGACAGGCAUCAGAGCAAAGUGCAUGACCGAAACGGACAUGGCACAUUCACAGCAUGUCUCAUUCUCGACUACGCCCCCGACGUUGAGUUGUACGUUGCCAAGAUUGCCGAGAAGGACCCUUCCAACCCAAGUGUCAUUGCUAAGGCGAUUAACUGGGCAGUCACUGAAUGGAAGGUGGACAUCAUCUCCAUGUCCUUUGGGUUCCCAGACCGCGACAUUGAAGGCUACAUCGAGUUGGAAAACGCGCUGCAGAACGCCUACGCAAAUAACGUGGUCCUUUUUGCUGCCGCCUCGAACAGUGGCGGCAAACUCGGACGCUCUUUUCCGGCACGCGAGCCCGAGGUCAUUGCCGUGCACGCCACCGACGCCAAUGGCAACCGUUCCCACUUCAGUCCGACUGCCACGGACUACGACAUCAACCUGGCUACUGUCGGCGAAGCAGUCGAGUCGGCAUGGCCUGUGGUAUUAUGCGAGGACGACACCAAGUACGUCAAGAACAAGUCAGGCACGUCGUACGCGACCCCCAUCAUGGCGGGCAUGACGGCAUUCCUGAUGAUGUAUGCGAGAAUCCAUCUCCCGCAACAGUCACACGCCCUGAAGAAGCAGAAGGCCGUCAAGGCGUUGCUGAGAAGGCUGGCGGACAAGGGAACGGGCUGCAAGCUCCGUGAUGAUUAUCAUUUCGUCAACCUGAGCUUGUACUCCGAUAACCUCUUUGGCAAAGGGAAGAGCUUCAUCGACGGGACUAUCAAGGACAUCCUGAAAAGCACGUAG